GCAAAAGAAGCGCAAAAGAAGGAGCGGGCACUAACCCGCGCUCGAGAAUCUAGCAACUUAGUUGACGCCAUGAACGGAGAGCUCACAUACGCCGUAGCGUUGCACCUGGGCAGCAUGUACGAAGGCAAUGGCAUGGAGGACGAGGCCCUCCACGUGUAUCGAGGUCUCUUGGAGCAGCGGGCUCUGCUGCCGCCCGUCGCUGGGUGGGCUCGCUUGAACAUGGGAAACGUGUACUACAGGAAAGGACGCUACGCCGAGGCCAUCAAAAUGUACCGCAUGACGUUGGAUCAGAUUCCCAGUACGAGCCAUAAGGCCAUGCGCCUGAAGGUGUAUCGCAACAUCGGGUACGCCUUCGUGCG